GCUGGCUGGUGGCGGGGCAGCUGAGCCACAAGAUGUGGCUUGACUGUGGCUUGCGCAUCGUCGAGGUUUCCAUUUUUGGAUCGCGGGUUUGUUGUUGUUUUGCGCCUUUUCCUCCUCGACUCUUCCUCUUCCUCUUCUUCUUCUUCUUUUACUAUUAUUCUUCUUCUGUUCUUCUUCUGUUCUUCUUCUUCUUCUUCUUCUUCUUCUUCUUCUCCUUCAUCUUUGACCCCCCGGUCUCCACCCAUGUCCUCCCUCAUCAUGAACGGCAACCCAUUCCCGCAUCCAAGCCAACCAUUCAUCAUAUCCCCCCACAGAUUCCAAUCCCGCUCCAAAUCCCAGAUGCUCCGCCGCCUCCCCGUCAGGCGCAUCCUCAUCCUCGCCUGCUCCCUCGCGUCCCUCCUCCUCUUCUUCUUCCCGACCAUCUCCACCUUCGCCGGCUCCUCCCUCACCUCCUCCCUCUUCCGCGACGAUCCCCUCAUCACAACCGUCCACCACUACGACCUCGCAAACUCACAGGGCACCGGCAGAGGCUGGGAGCGCAACGAGCGCGUCCUCAUGUGCAUCCCUCUCCGCGACGCCGCCCCCCAUCUCCCUCUCUUCUUCUCCCAUCUCAAGAACCUCACCUACCCCCACUCCCUCAUCGACAUGGCCUUCCUCGUCUCCGACUCCAAAGACGAGACCCUCCUUCUCCUCAACACCCUCCUCGAACGCAUGCAGAACGACAAAGACCCCUACAUGCACUUUGGCCGCAUCGAGAUCUUUGAAAAGGACUUUGGCCAGGUCGUCGGCCAGGGCUUUUCGGAUCGCCACGGCUUCGACGCCCAGGGCCCCCGUCGCAAACUCAUGGCUCGCGCCCGUAACUGGCUUCUUUCCGCUGCCCUCCGUCCCGAGCAUAGCUGGGUUUACUGGCGUGAUGUCGAUGUCGAAAUCGCCCCUCCGACCAUCAUCGAAGAUCUAAUGCGCCACAACAAAGACGUCAUCGUUCCUAACAUCUGGCGUCCACUCCCAGACUGGCUCGGAGGCGAGCAGCCCUACGAUCUCAACUCGUGGCAAGAAAGUGAAACCGCACUCCAGCUCGCGCAGACUCUUGGCGAGGACGCCGUCAUCGUCGAAGGCUACCCCGAAUUCGAAACCUGGCGCCCGCAUCUGGCCUACCUCCGCGACCCCUACGGCGAUCCCGAUCUCGAGAUGGAGAUCGACGGCGUCGGCGGUGUCUCGAUUCUCGCCAAAGCGCGCGUUUUCCGAUCCGGCGCGCAUUUCCCUGCGUUUUCGUUUGAGAAGCAUGCCGAGACUGAAGGGUUUGGAAAGAUGUGCAAGCGCAUGGGAUUGUCAGUUAUCGGGCUGCCGCAUUACGUGGUCUGGCAUAUGUACGAGCCUAGUGUCGACGACAUGCGGUACAUGAGCGAGAUGAUCCAGGCGCGGCUGCAUAAGGAGAAAGAGCAGCAAGAGAAAGCAAAGGAGAACAACAACAAGGACGAGAGCGACCGGAUGGCGGAAGCGGCCGCGAUCGCAAAGGCUGAGAUGGAGGCCGCGAAGCAGAAAGAACUGUCGAGCUCGAGCGGCGAGUCGCCGUUACAAGAGGCCGGGAAGGAGACCGAUCCGUUGGAGAUCUAUAAUAGCCCUGUGUACUUUUUGGACUCGGUUAAGGCGGCCGAGGUGAGAGCUGCGAAGCAGGUCGCGCGCGAGAUCGAGCAGGCGCGCAAGGAGGCGGAGAAGAAGGCAAAGGAGGCGGCUAGUGAAGCAAACAAGGACAAGAAGGAUGGGAAGAAAGUAGUUAUCGCAAAGGAUGAUGCUUAAUUCUUCAGUACUUGUUUGCACUGUUUCUCGUUCUUCUCAUCGCUCAUGCUCAUUGCUCAUCUCAUUCUGGCUUGCUAUACCGUUCAUUCUCUAUAUAUAGACCCAUCUCUGCCUUAAAAGUUCCCGGCUGCCUCUGCACUUCUUCCUUUGCUUCUUCCUUUGCUUACUUGCGUCAUUUGUAUUUUAUCUUAUCUUUCCUGCCUUUUCCCUGGUUCCGGCGCGUGUCUCUGGCAUAAUCAUCAACAUUUUCUCUACAUUAUUCCUGCUUGCUACUUGCUUUGUGUUUGUGUUUGUUUGCGUCGUUGGUUUGGAUUUUUAUAUAAAACU